AUGAGCUCAAUUGGUGUUCCUCUUGGUGGACAGUCAAUGCAACUUCCAGAUGCCGACUACAAGCUGACCAAUGAUAAGACUAAAGAUCAGGCAGCGUCAAAGAGAUGUGGCUCCAUCCGGCUGAGCUCCGAAGAAGAACUGGUUUUGAAGAGCUUCAGAGUACUCAUCGCCGACUUAUGUCAACAAUUUGGAGGCGGGCAUCCUGGGGGCGCUAUGGGAAUAGCCGCAAUUGGUGUCGCUUUAUGGAAAUAUGUGAUGCGAUACGCACCUCACGAUCCAGAUUGGAUCAACCGGGAUAGAUUUGUGCUAUCCAAUGGCCAUACCUGUCUGUUCCAAUACUGCUUUUUGCAUUUGACCGGCUACAAGACCAUGACUUUCGAGCAACUGAAGUCCUAUCACUCGGAUCGGACGGACUCGCUUUGCCCCGGUCACCCUGAGAUCGAGCACGAGGGUAUCGAGGUCACAACUGCAGGUCCACUUGGUCAGGGUAUUGCCAAUGCGGUGGGACUGGCCAUGGCUUCCAAGCAUUUAGCAGCCAGCUUCAACCGACCAGGGUUCAAUGUAGUAUCCGACCAUAUCUGGUGCAUGGUCGGUGAUGCUUGUCUCCAGGAAGGAGUCGGACUCGAGGCCAUCUCUUUCGCAGGGCACAUGCGCUUGAACAACCUGACCUUAAUAUACGACAAUAACCAGAUCACCUGCGACGGCCCUGUCAGUCUAACAAACACCGAGGACAUCAAUGCUAAAAUGAGGGCAUGUGGCUGGAACGUUGUCGAGAUCGCUGACGGAUGCUGGGAUGUCGGAGCCAUCACACAAGCUCUGGAGGCCUCUCGUCGUUCGCCCCUGCCAACGUUUGUGAAUUGCCACACUGUCAUCGGUGUUGACACGGCCGUCGCUGGGGACGCGGUCGCGCACGGAGCAGCUCUGGGAUCAGAGACCGUCAUAUCCCUCAAAAGACUCUAUGGGUUCGAUCCAGAGCAGCGAUAUAUCAUUCCAGACACGGUUCGAGAUUUUUUCAGCGGUCUUCCUUCCCAAGGAGAGUCUUUGGUGGCCGAGUGGAAUCAAACACUGCAGCGUUAUAGCCAAGCUUUCCCUGACCUGGCGGAGGAAUAUGCUAGGCGUAUGGAGGGUGACUUGCAAGACAACUGGGAGUCCCUGAUACCAGACGCUUUCCCUUCAACACCCACACCGACCCGUGCCGCGUCUGGAUUAGUAUUUCAUCCGCUCGCUGAGAGACUUGAUCAGUUCCUGGUUGGAACUGCCGACUUGGCUCCUUCGGUGUACAUGAGCUGGAAGUCUAAAGAAGAUUUCGAACCGCCAUGUCUAGGGACUGGAAGUUAUGCCGGGCGCUUCAUCCACUAUGGUGUUAGGGAACACGCUAUGGCUGCAAUUUCGAACGGACUGGCUGCCUAUCAUCCCGGCAUAUUCAUCCCAGUCACAUCUAGUUUCUUCAUGUUUUACCUGUAUGCAGCGCCGGCGGUACGAAUGGGAGCGCUGCAGCAUCUGCAAAUCAUUCAUGCCGCCACGCACGACUCUAUUGGGAUGGGAGAAGAUGGUCCAACGCAUCAACCAAUCGAGCUUGCAGCACUAUACCGCGCAAUGCCCAACUUGUUGUAUAUUCGACCCGGGGAUAGCGAAGAGACGGCAGGUGCCUGGAUAGAGGCGAUCAGGGCAAGGCACACGUCUUCCAUUAUUUCCACCUCUCGGCAUGCCCUCCCCCAGCUUACCGGGUUGGCGAAAAGAACAGGAGUGGCAAAAGGCGCUUAUAUCCUCGAAGAAGUCACAGGGACGGCCGACCUUACUUUGAUCGGGGUCGGUGCUGAGCUCAACCUCGCCAUCAGCGUUGCGGCCGAGCUGCGGAGCUCCCAUGACCUGAAGGUGCGCACGGUUUCUUUUCCAUGCCAGCAGCUUUUUGAAGCACAACCAAGAAGAUAUCAACGCGAAGUGCUUCAGCGACAGAGUGGUGUACCGGUCGUGGUGAUCGAAGCGUACGCUGCUAAUGGCUGGGAGCGCUACGCAGAUGCGGCUGUAUGCAUGAGCUCAAACCGGUUUGGCAAAUCACUACCGGGGCCAAAAGCGUACGAGUAUUUUGGCUUCGAUGUUCCCUCGAUAGUGGCCAGAGUUCGGGGCUAUCUGGAAGAUUUGAGGGUUGAUCCGGAUCUGAAGCAUGACUUUGUAGAAUUGACAUACGCGAAAACAGAUGGAUAG